AAAAGCGCGGCGGCAGAUACAGACAAGAGAGCAAGGAAUCCACCCCACUCAUUGCUCCUCCAAAGAAAGGAAAUGCAAUAGAAAAUGUAGGGCCUUACAUCACACACCUCUCUGUGGUUUGCAAGCUGGGAGCCAGUAGUCACCGCGUUAAUUCAAUGCGCUUCCACUUCUACUCCCACAUUGCCUGUCUCCCUCCCUCCCUCUUAUAAAUCUCUCUCUCUGUUUCAGUCUCAUGGCCAUGGCCAUGGCUAUGGCUUCCUUUGCUCUUCAGCUUAUGCUGCUAAUGGCGGCGGUGCUGUUCGGAUACUCCGCGGCGGCCAAUGUGACAUACGACCAUCGUUCUCUCAUUAUUGAUGGGAAGCGAGAACUUAUCAUCUCUGCUUCUAUUCACUAUCCUCGAAGUGUUCCUGGGAUGUGGCCGGAUCUUGUUGCCACUGCCAAAGAAGGGGGUGUUAAUGCCGUCGAAACUUAUGUCUUCUGGAACGGCCAUGAACCCACUCAAGGCCAUUAUUAUUUUGGGGGGCGCUAUGAUCUGGUCAGAUUUGUAAAAAUUAUCCAGCAGGCUGGACUGUAUCUCAUCUUACGCAUUGGUCCAUUUGUUGCAGCAGAAUGGAACUUUGGGGGGGUUCCUGUUUGGCUCCAUUAUAUCCCUGGUACAGUUUUCAGAACGGAUAAUGAAUCCUUCAAGAGUCACAUGGCGAACUUCACGACAUUGAUAGUGAACAAGAUGAAGCAAGAGAAAUUUUUUGCCUCACAGGGAGGGCCUAUUAUUUUGUCUCAGAUAGAAAAUGAAUAUGGGGACAUUGAAAUGGUUUAUGGAAAUGGUGGUAAGCCUUAUGCAAUGUGGGCUGCGAAAAUGGCUCUUUCUCAAGAUAUAGGUGUACCUUGGAUCAUGUGCCAACAAUAUGAUGCUCCUGAUCCCGUGAUCAACACUUGUAACUCAUUUUACUGUGACCAGUUUACACCCAAUUCUAACAGCAAGCCAAAAUUUUGGACUGAGAACUGGCCUGGAUGGUUCAAAACCUUUGGGGCUAAAGAUCCUCAUAGGCCACCUGAAGAUAUUGCCUUUGCUGUUGCCCGUUUUUUCCAGAAAGGAGGGAGUCUUCAAAAUUAUUACAUGUAUCAUGGGGGAACUAAUUUUGGACGCACUUCUGGUGGACCUUUCAUUACAACAAGCUAUGACUAUGAUGCACCCAUUGAUGAAUAUGGUAUCACUCGUCAGCCUAAAUGGGGGCAUCUUAAACAACUCCAUGAAGCAAUAAAAUUAUGUAAGCAUGCUCUGCUGUAUGGGGAACAAAUCAAUUUAUCCCUUGGUCCUCUACAGGAGGUUGACAUUUAUACAGAUGGUUCAGGAGAAUGUGUUGCGUUCAUUUCUAAUGUGGAUGAAAAACAUGAUCAGCAUGUAACCUUCCGAAACACAUCAUAUCUCAUACCAGCUUGGUCAGUUAGCAUUUUGCCUGAUUGUAAGGAAGUGGUAUAUAACACUGCAAAGGUUGGAUCCCAAAUUUCUGUCAUAGAGAUGCAACCUGACAAUUUGCACAUAUCAACUAUGUUACCUGAAGGGUUCAGUGGUAUAAAGUGGGAUAUAUUCCAAGAGAAGGUGGGCGUAUGGGGGUAUCAUGAUUUUGUUGUCAAUGGCUUUGUUGAUCAUAUAAAUACUACCAAAGAUUCAACUGAUUAUCUCUGGUGUACAACAAGUGUGUAUGUUGAUGACAAUGAAGAUUUCUUAAAGAGUGGAAGCCAACCGAUACUUAUCGUUGAGUCGAAGGGUCAUGCAAUGCAUGCAUUUGUAAACCAUGAAUUGCAAGCUAGUGCAUCCGGGAAUGGGAGUGAUUCAACCUUCAAAUUUCAAAAGCCAAUACUUCUUAGGGCUGGGAAGAAUGACAUAAGUCUUUUGAGCAUGACUGUUGGUUUGCAAAAUGCAGGGCCAUUUUAUGAGUGGGUAGGGGCGGGAGUCACAAGUGUCAAGCUAGAGGGCUUCAACAAAGGGGUAGUUGACUUGUCUACAAAUGCUUGGAUCUAUAAGAUUGGAUUGGAAGGAGAAUACUUGAACAUUUACAAGGAAGAUGGACUCCAUAAUGUAAAAUGGAUCUCCACUUCAAAUCCUCCAAAGAAUCAACCUCUCACAUGGUAUAAGGCAAUUGUGGAUGCUCCAAAUGGAAAUGAACCAGUUGGAUUGGACAUGAAACAUAUGGGGAAAGGCCAAGCAUGGCUCAAUGGGGAGCCCAUUGGAAGAUUCUGGCCCCGAGUAAGCUCCAUAAAUGAUGACUGCACUCCUAAGUGUGAUUAUAGAGGCAAAUUUUUCCCAAGCAAAUGUGGCACUAGAUGUGGGGAGCCCACUCAAAGAUGGUAUCACAUUCCCCGGUCUUGGUUCAAGCCUAGAGAAAAUUUGCUGGUGAUUUUCGAAGAGAAGGGUGGGGACCCUUACCAAAUCUGCUUUUCUAGACGUCGUGUAACUUCAGUUUGUGGUCUCAUUUCUGAGGACCAUCCGCCAUCUAAUACAGCAUAUAACAAACAAGACUCAUCAUCUAGUAUAAGACCUCCAGCAGGCAUACACCUCGAGUGUCCUGGCUCUUCUCGCAUAUCUUCUAUAAAGUUUGCGAGCUUCGGGACACCUCAAGGAACAUGUGGCUCAUUCCAGAUGGGAGCCUGCCACGAUCCUCUCUCAGUUUCCCUGGUUGAGAAGGUGUGCCUAAAUGCCCAGGAAUGCUUGGUGCAAUUGUCAAAGGAGAAUUUUGGAGAAGAUCCGUGUCCUGGUUUGCUAAAGACCGUUGCAGUUGAAGCUGUAUGCCAGUGAGGACGAACAUUAUCUCUGUCUUUCCCUCUCUCAUUUUUAAGAAGUUGAGAGCAAAGCUCAAUCUUCGUCUUCUCUCUUUUGAGCAGCUUCUUUUAUAUAAUUGUUAUCGUUUAAACAAUCUUCAAUUUCUGAAAUAUUGGACAAGUGAGGAGAUGCUAGCCAGCCGAUUAUGCAGGAAAUUCAAAGCUAAGUGUAUUCCCUUUGAAUUACUUGUACACAAGCCAAUCCUUAUAUAAUAAAAAUGUUCUCGCAUUUUGAUUUCCUC